AUGAUAAAUGCGAAUGUCAAUAGGCUCGCAGCGGCUGCGGCGGCAGCGGCGGGCGCGACCAGCGAGCUGAGCUACCUCGCCGCCCUCCACCCCGCGUACCGGCCCGUCCCCUACGACCAUCCGUUGUAUGGGACCAACACGUUACGAGGAUUAGAGUAUCUAAGUGCGGCGAGAAGCUUGCACCCUGAGCUGCAUGCCGGCAGCACGCUUACGAGUCAAGACUUCCAACUGAGUCUAGAAGGAUCGAGAAUAGCCUCCCCCACGCGGUUAAGGCUAUCCGGGGGCGCGAUAAGCGCGUCGGCGAAUCGCAAACGUGCAGUAUCCUGGAGUCCUUAUUCUGCAGAAUCUUUGGACCUCGCCGCAGUCAUCCGGGCGUCCCCGGCCAGCCUGGCGGUGAGAGCACCGUCGGCCGCCUCCACCGGCAGCUAUGGGCACCUUAGUGCUGGUGAGGAUUGGAUUAAGUCUUUCGGCGCGAUUUCGCCGGCGCUGUCGCUCUCGCACGCGUCGCUGGCGCAGCAGCUGCUGGCGAGGGGCGGCGUGGGCGGCAGCGGGGUGCUGGCUGGGGGCGUGCUCCUCGACCCCGCCCACCAGCAAGCGGCUGCCGCGGCCGCCCACCACGCCGCGCACGCCCACCUAGUCGCCGGGAUCCACAGAUCUCACAUAUCGUCGCCGACUCAACUCCUGCUAGGCGGUCCCGUAGAUGUGAGGCAAGGCCUGGGCCUGGAGAGCAAUGGACCUCAACACUUACAGCAGCCGCCUCAGCAGCCUGAGAUCACCAGUGUAAUGGAAGCCGACAGCGCGUCGACGGCCCUGAACCAGAGGAAGUCGCCACAAGGCCUGAUGUGCCACAGGGAGAGCCUGCACAGCAACAAGCCACUGUCUGCAGCCGCAGAGAGCACCGUCCACGAUGGCCUGGACUCCAAAGACGAGCCCGGAGACUUCAUCGAAACAAACUGCCAUUGGGUGGAUUGCAAGCUCGAGUUCCCAACCCAGGACGACCUGGUGAAGCACAUAAACACGGACCACAUACACGCGAGCAAGAAGGCGUUCGUGUGCCGCUGGGUGGGCUGCUCCAGGGACGAGAAACCGUUCAAGGCGCAGUACAUGCUCGUCGUGCACAUGCGGAGGCACACGGGCGAGAAGCCGCAUAAAUGCACGUUCGAGGGUUGCUGCAAAGCCUACUCCCGGCUUGAGAACUUAAAAACCCACCUUCGAAGUCACACCGGGGAAAAGCCCUACACCUGCGAGUACCCCGGCUGCGCCAAGGCCUUCUCCAACGCCAGCGAUAGAGCCAAGCACCAAAACAGGACCCACAGCAACGAGAAACCAUACGUUUGCAAAGCGCCGGGUUGCACCAAACGGUAUACUGAUCCGUCGUCGCUGAGGAAGCACGUGAAAACCGUCCACGGCGCUGAGUUCUACGCGAGUAAGAAGCACAAAGGCUGCAGCCGCGGCGACGACUCCGCGGAGUCCGGCGGCGGCGGGGCAGGGUCCUCCCCGCGCUCCGAGGAAGGGGGCGUGGCGGCGGGCAGGGGACACGCGUCCUCGGCCUCCGUCAAGAGCGAGAGCCCCGCCUCGCCCCUGCCGCACGCGCUGCACACGCCCGCGCACCAGUUGUCGGCGCAGUGCGGAGGCGAAUUGGACUUUGGCGGCUCAGGGCUCGGAGGAUUCAGCGACGAGAACGCCGCAACUUACUUCAGGCUCGACGGCGAGGUGGAGCAGGAGGUGGUGGGCGAGGUGGGCCAGCUGCCGCUGAUGCUGCGCGCGAUGGUGGCCAUCGGCGAGCCGCGCGCGCACCACGCGCCCCGCUUCGGCCACAAGGCGGCCGCCGCGCGCCUGCUGCCGCACGCACACGACCUCCACGCGGCCGGAGGAAUGCCGGGCCGGACGGAGAUAGGCAGCACGAACGUGGCGGUUGAACUGAAAACCGGUCUACCUAACACGAGGCGAGACUCUGGAAUCUCCUCCGGUAGCAGUCUCUAUAGUGCCAGGUCGUCGGACAUCUCGCGCAAGAGCAGCCAGGCGUCGGUGGUGUCGGGCGCGGUGGGGGCGGGGGGCGCGGGGGGAGCGGCCCGCCCUCCCCCUCCGCACGGCGGCUACGACCAGCUCUCGCCGGACAGCAGCCGCAGAUCUAGUCAAGUGUCGUGCGUGGGCUACGCGCCGGCGCCGUCCUCAGCUCUGGCUGCCGUCCAAGCUGUGAGGACUUCGCAAGGCAAUCAGGCGGUGCUCCUCCGCGGUGUGACGUGCUCGGAAGUGAGAGCGGAGGAGUUGGCUCUGGAGCUGGACCCCAAUGUCCAGGUGAAGGAGGAGGCGAGGAGGCUGUCGGAGCAGUCCAACUUGAGCGACCAGGCCCAAGGAUAUCAGCCGUACCCUUGCGGUGCCGAUGAAGUGGGUGACGCACCCUUCCAGUUCAAAACGGAGGACGAUCACGAGGCGACGACGUACAAGGAGUCUCGCUCCAACUCCACUAACACUGUGGUCAUCACCACCGCUCAAGUUCAUCACCCCAACCAGGAGGUCAACUUGGAACAGGUCGCUGAAGGCGAAAUGGUGGAGAACAAGCUGGUGAUACCAGACGAAAUGAUGCAAUAUCUUAACCAAUCAAUAUUGGGAACCGACUCGGUAACACCAGCUAAGACUGACUCCGCCAGCCGCAAGGAAGCCGAGCCCAACAACGAAAAAGACGAAACAACCAAAGACAAUAUAGGGAAUGAUUUGCGAAACGCGAACAGUUCCAGCGAGAAAAUCAGCGACGUCGCCACCAGCGACGAUUCCCUCCUCAAAAAUCUCGGUGCCAUAGGUAGUGAUCUCAAUAUAAGUGAUAUUCCAGUCGAUUUAAGAUCGUUAGACGUUAGUAUGUCGGGUAACAGCGGGUCCCUGCUCGCCGUAAAGACGCCAGAGGACAAAGGCACAUCGCUUCAAGAGCAAGUGAUACCAGAGAUGAUCGCGGAGAAAUGCGACACGGACUUCGCGAAGCCGCCCACUAGUAACGGGGCGGCCAGCAAUCCGCUGCAGUCUCUGCAGACGAUGACGGCGAACCAAACGGAACAGUCCAACAGGAUGAGAAUAAACAACCCACUACCUCAGAAGCAGACGGCGAUUAGCCCCAAGACGAUUGUCAUGAGCUCGCAGAGUGUGAUGAGUCCGAGCUUGGCGCACAGCAUGCUCAGCCCCCAAAGCCUGCCCCACAGCGCCGUGAGCCCCCAAAGCGGGAUGAGCCCGCAUAACAUUCCGCACGGCGUUAUGAGUCCGCCGACCGUGUACAACGUCAUGAGCCCCCAAAGCGUCAUGAGUGUCAUGUCCCCGCAGCACAACGCCAUGAGCCCGCAAAGCAUGCAAAGCAUGAUGAGCCCGCAGAUGCCCAGCCAAAUGAUGAUGAGCCCGCGGCACAACAACAUCGGCAGCCCAAUGUCGCAGAACAUCGCAAGUCCCAUGAUGAACAUAGCCAGCCCCAUGAGCCACGGGAUGCCCAGUCCCAUGCACCCGGGGCUGCAGAGCCCGCUGACCAGUCCGAUGGUGCAGAACAUGUCCAACAUGAGCAUGAACGGGCCCCCCGUGCCGAACCAAGCGCAGAAUGUGAUGAUGAACAUGAACCUUAACCAGCCCUCUCAGAUGCCCGGUGUCCCUCCGCCGUACGUUGGCAACCGACAAAACUGCAAUGCGAAAGGCGCCAACAAACAGACAAACUAUUCUAACGUUCCUAAUCAAUACCAAAACCAAAACUACGGGCCAGCGCCGCCGUAUCCCGCCCAGGGUCAACAGAACAUGUGCAUGAGGGGCCAGAACAUGCAGCAGUACCAGAUGAUGCAGCAGUUCAACCAGAAUCAGAUGGCGGGGCAUCCGAUGCCGCAGAACCCCGGCAUGGGCUACAACAACCAUAUGAUGAACUACCAGCAGCAGAUGAACUACCAGAGCCAGGGCCAGAUGCAUCCGAUGCAGAUGUCGAGGUCGUCCGCGAUGAGCACCGACGGCAACGCGAUGGCGAACAGCUACUGCGAGCAGGCGCGGCCGGAGCCGCAGGGCCUCUACCAGCAGGGGGCGCGCUACGCCCAACCGCUGUACGACCCCAGCGGGGGCGUGAUGGGCCCACCGCCGCCGAAGAACAACCACCAGUACAACCGGGCGAUGAUGAACAACAAUCAGUACUACAACCACCAGCGGCCGUACAAUCAGUGGGACUACCCCGGCAACCAGUUCAACAAGCACAACGCGAAGAGCGUGCACGGCUCCGCGCACAUGUCGACGGGCAGCCGCACAAACGCCCGCAGCCCCAUGGAUGGAUGCCAGCCCAAGGAGCAGACCGACUGCAGCAUGAGCAGCGUGGGCAGGAACAACCGGGCGAGCGACGUCCAGGUGUGGGACAUCAGCCAGUCGCAGGCGGACGCGCCCGACGGCCGCAGAAGGGGCCAGGGCAGCGAGAUGCGCCGCGACGCGUACCAGCGCACGCUGGAGUACGUGGAGAGCUGCGAGAGCUGGAAGAGCUCCGAGAUGGUCACCAGCAGCACCCACCCGCUGCACGGCGCCGACAACAUGGUGGUGAACGACCUGCAGACCUCGCUGUCCUCGUUCUACGAGGAGAACCAGUAUCUGCAGAUGAUUCAG